AUGAAAACGCCCGAAUUCAGUCUAGAUUCGCUGAAGAAGAAGCGAAAGAAAAGGAAGAAGAAGUUGGACUAUGAAAAGCUCAGUGCACACUAUUUCUUGAAAUUGCCUAUUUUUAUAAUCCUCUUGAUUGUAUUUUUCCUGAACGCCUUUAUAUAUAUAUUGAUAAGGUUCUGUAUCUUUAUUUGCGAAAAUGUAGCAUUUUUCCUGAUAACAAAGUACACUGAUUUUUGUCGAUGUUUGAGGAGGAGGUCAAGUGGUCAGGCAGAAGGUCGGGCAAAUGGUGAGUCACACGAUCAGUCUGGAAAAUGCAAUGGAAGAAAAAGAACGCAUGACAAUAUGUAUCAUCCACAAGGCAUAGACAAGGCAGAAGAAAGCAUUUUUAAGAUAGACAGACUAAUGCGGUCAUGCAGUAGUUACAAAGAUUACAUAAAAUAUGCAUAUCGAAUGGAUGAACUGACAGGGAAAACAAUUCACAUAAAUGAAAAUGAUGAUUAUAUAAAUACAUAUGAUGUGAAUUUACUAAAAAAAACAACCCAGAGAAUAAAAAAAAAUAUGAAGAACAAUGAUGUGUUGAGGCUAUUGGAAGAUAUAAAAGUAGCUACCUCACCAACCAUUAAGGCUAUUUUUAAGGAGAAGUAUUAUUGCAAGACAUAUUCUACUCCCCAUAUUAUAGUAACUGAUUUUAUAACGCAUGUGAUGGAUGGAUUGGAAUAUGUAGAUCGCUAUGUGCAUCAACAGAAGGAAACCAACUUGAGUUAUGUAUUCUCCGAUGAAUAUUUAUUGAUUAAGCGAAUUUUUAAGGAUAUUUUUCGCCAGUGGGGGAAUACUGCUUUGUUUCUCAGCGGAGGCGCCAUUUUAGGUCUCCACCAUUUUGGCGUCCUGGAGGUUUUUCUAAAAUCGUCAAUUAAUGUAAACUAUUUUGAGGAGUGCUCGGCCGGGGGUGCGCAGCCUACUCGGAUGGAGCCUACUCGAGGGAAUGAAUCUGCGAAGGAGAGGCAAACUGCUCAACCUGGUGAGACUAGUCAACCGAAUCAGCCAAGUCAACUUAGUAAUCAGGAGAAUACACAAACCCAGGAGGAGUGUAGAGCGAGCUGCGCAUCUAAAGAUAAAGGAGGCACCCAUGCCGAAAGUGUUGGGUGCAGAACAAAAGUAGGGCCCCACCCCCCAGAUGCUAAGCCAUCGAAAGGGAAGGAUGCAAAGAGAUCGGCAAAUGGAGAAAAAGGAAAGACGAGCAAAGUAGACCUAAUUAAGAAAUUCCUUUUUAGUGGCAGCCGCCUUUGCAAGAAUUCGGGAUACACCCCUAUGGAGGGGGAGAAGCGUGAGGGAACGACGCCCAUAAGUAUUCCUAGCGAGGGAAGCUCGGGUGAGUUCACCUUCAGUAGUAGCAACUCCUCGUUGUGCGAGGUGGACUUGGCCUCUGUGAUCGGUGAGGGGGGCGGUGAGACAGUGGGAAGGAAUGCACGUGAUGGAAAUAGUGCGGGUACUGUACGUAAUGAAGGUGAUGGUAGCAAUGCAGGUAAUGUACGUAAUGUACGUAAUGAACGUGAUGGUAGCAAUGUAAGUUAUAGAAAUGGUGAAGGGGAUACCCCCCGCCAGAUGAAUAACCACAUCAAGGGAGACGAGAGGCCCAGCCCAAAUGGCUUCUCAAAUAACCCCUCCAAGAGUAGUAUCCCCCCCGCAAACCAAGAUGAUUUCGUGCCAAACUUCGAAGACAACAUUCUUCCGCAAAUUAUAUGUGGGACAUCAGCAGGAAGCAUUGUCGCAGCAUGGGUGUGCUCUAGAACGAACAAAGAGUUGUUAGAGGAAUUUAACAUCGAGUUCAUUUAUGAAAUAGUUUCUUGUUUUUCAUCCGAAAAUUGGCUUUACUCAUUUUUUAAUAUUUAUCGAAAGGGAAAUUUUUACGACAUCGAUAAAAUUGUGAAGCUUAUUCAUAACCUCUAUGGUGACAUGACAUUUCUAGAGGCUUUCAUUAAAACGAACUUGGUGUUAAAUAUAACUGUCACGAGAGCAGAGUCUGGAAAUAGUAAUUUCCCAUGUGAUGAGGAUGGACAUAUGGUUUUGAAUUAUAUGAACAGUCCAAAUGUGUUAAUUUAUACUGCUGUGUUGGCUAGCUGUUCUUUUCCUUACCUCCUGCAGCCAUUUAAAUUGUUGGAGAAAAAGUACAACAGAGAAAACGUGCAUAGAUUCAUGUCCGUUAAGGAGGUGAGUAAUGCCAAGUUCAUCCUCAAUAGCAAUAGUGCUUUUAAGCAGACGAGCCAUUUGAGGGAGACAGAGGUUGGGCCCAGCGGGGUUACCACGGCCAGUCCUGCAAGUGAUAUUGAAGAAAGCAGUGGAACAAGCGAUACGAGCCAUUCCAAGCAUUCGAGCGUGUUGUCGGAUAGCGCCACGCAGUCUGAUUCAGGAAAAGGCGAACUCUCCAAGGGUACACAUAACACGCGGAAGAAGAACUUCCUGGUACGCGGGAAAGAUGAGGGGGAUGCGAGGAAGAGGAUUUUUGGCAAGGGUAAUCCCUUCCAGAGCGUGCGCCUGAACUUGAACUUGAACUUGAACUUGUCGGGAUGCUCAGAUGACUCAAAAGGGAAGAAGGGGGGAAAAGACACAGGGGUGGUUCCUCCAGGCACGAAUAGCGCGACGACCUAUACCAAUAGCGUGGACACCUUACAGAGCAAGGGUAGGAGCAAAAACGGAACGGUGGAAGGAGGUUGCAAAGAUGUAGGAAAGGAUCAAAAUGACGCAGAUGAAGAGAACCAUUCGGAAGGAGAUGAACGAAAUAACAAAGCGAAUGAGUGCAUAGACCUCAAUGAAUACAAAAAUAUAAAUCUCCUUGACGAGGAGUAUACCAUAAUAAACAGCGUGCAGUUCAAGAAUACCUACUUCCAUGAUGGAUCCCUGAAAAGCGACAUUCCGGCCCAUAAUUUGAAUCAGAUAUUAUCGGUGAAGUACAAAAUCGUUUCGCAGGUGAAUCCUCAUGUAUUCCCGUUCACAGGGGUUCGGGUUCACGGGGAAGCCGGGAAGCCCGUAAAAUGGAGGGGUAACUCUGGUCAUUGGAGGGGUGGAUUUCUAAUGUCGUCCAUGGAAAUAUUAUUUAAAGAGAACAUGCGAUAUAUUUUGAGGCUCAUGGCGUUGCUGGACUUGUCUCCUACAAUCCGGGGUCUGAACGCCGGUUCCAUCGCGAUGCAGAAUUACAACGGAGACAUCACCCUGCACCCGAAGCGCCUCUACCUCAGGCACUUCAAGUUAAUCAGCGUGUCAAACUACGACGACGUGGAAUGGUACAUACAGCAGGGAAGACAGAUGACCUUCCAGAAACUUCCUCUCAUUCUGAACAGAAUGAAAAUAGAGAAGAAGUUGAUUAAGAUGAAGAAGUCGUUCUUUUGA